AUGAUUACAGGACCCGUUGUGGAGAUGUUAGCUCAUAGCAAGUUUGCAGCCACUUAUAAGUCCCCACCUGGCUUGCUCCAAAUGGCCACCGCUCUUCGUGCCUCUGGAAAAGGAGUCGUGGUUAUCUCUUGUUCCGAUCCGCGUCUCAACCCAUACGAAAUCCUAGGAAUCGAGGCAACUCUCAAAGCAACGAUGGUGAGAACUGCUGGUGGUAGAGCAUUCGAUGCGAUUCGGACAUUGGCGGUAUUACAAACCAUUGGCAAUCCUACAACGAUAGUCGUAAUGCAUCACACCGAUUGUGGUAUGACCCAUUUUCAUGACGACGCCGUCAAAAAGGCUUUGAUUGAACAAUCUCCUAGUGAGAAGGUGGCGAUUGAGGGAAUGAAAUUCGGAGAGAUCAAAGACAGCAUUGAAGAUAGCAUUCGAGAGGAUGUUGCAAUUCUUGAAGCAUCUCCAUUAAUCAAGAAGUCGACUCAGAUUAUUGGGCUUGCCUAUGAUAUUAUGAUGGGUGUUCUUACAGAAGUCAUAGGAAGUAAGAGCGAGGUAUAA